AAGAAAUUGGUCAGACUCGCAGGCCUAGCGAAAGCUUAAAAUUGCCGAAGGGCUCUGGACAGAGAUGCGUCUCCUAAGAUUUAGCGAUGCAUAUUGGCAAAGCUUUCUCGAGUUUUCCCCCAGUGGUCGUCUCUAUAUCGGCUGUUUUCUCAUCACCCCAAUAAUACCACGUCCCCUCUACCGGUCACUCUAUAGUUACCCAUCACACACAAACGUCACAGAAGUAUCCCCACAAUGCAAUCUACAAUAGGCACACACGCCGCCCAUGCCGAGAAGGACCCCAAACAGAAUUCGCCGGAUACACAUUCGACCGUAAAUACAGAGGAUAUCAUCGCAAGACAUCCUAGGAAUAACGUGUCGAUAAACAUGGAUAGCGAAGCACAGGUCAACAACCCGGCACGCGAGAAACCUGCCACCGAGGGCGAUGGCGGCGACGGCGAUGGUCAUGAGUAUCCGACGGGUGCGCAUCUAGGGUUCAUCGUCGUCGCCCUAGUCCUCAGCGUAUUCCUCGUGAUUCUUGACACGACUAUCGUCGCUACCGCGAUACCUAGGAUUACAGAUGAGUUCCAUCGCCUCGAUGAGGCCUCUUGGUAUGGUGCUACCUUCUUUGUAUGUACUGCCGCUUUCCAAUCAACUUGGGGCAAGGCAUACAAGUACUUCCGUCUCAAGAUUUGCUUCUUGGUCUCCAUCUUCAUCUUCGAAGUCGGUUCCCUCAUCUGUGGAGUCGCUCCCAAUAGUGUGACGUUGAUUGUUGGCCGCGCCAUUGCUGGCAUCGGCUGCGCUGGUAUCGCUUCGGGGGCAUAUAUCAUCAUCGGUUUCAGCGCCCGUCCGGCGAAGCGCCCAGUCCUCACGGGUGUUGUAGGGGCGUCUUAUGGUAUCGCUUCGGUUGUAGGGCCAUUAAUAGGCAAUCUUUGUGGUGCAUUUACCGACCACGUGAGCUGGCGAUGGUGUUUCUAUAUUAACUUACCAAUUGGAGGCGUCUCGGCCGCUAUCAUACUGUUCUACUUCUCCACGCCGCCCCAGGCCGUCCCGGCGGCUGUACCAUAUCGGGAGAAGCUCCUACAGAUGGACCCUCUUGGCACGGCACUUAUCAUGGGGUUUACUACCUCGUUCCUGCUCGCUCUGCAGUACGGAGGCAUCCAGCACCCUUGGGGCUCCUCCCUGGUCAUCGGCCUCUUCGCCGGCUCCGGCCUCAUCCUUGCGGCCUUUGUGGCACUCGAGUGGUUCCAGGGCGAGCGGUCGAUGAUCGCACCUCGCCUCCUUAAGGACCGGACGCUCUAUAUCUCGUCUUCGUAUGCCUUCUUCUUUGCCGGCGGCUAUUUCGUUUUGAUUUACUAUCUUCCCAUCUAUUUUCAAUCUAUCCAUAGUGUCUCACCAACAAUGUCUGGUGUUCGCAACCUACCGCUCAUCAUAGCAGUCACUAUCGCUACCAUAGUGUCUGGUGCUUCAAUCACUAAAACCGGAAUUUAUGCCCCAAUUUUGGUUGCGAGUGCAGCUAUUGCGACAGUCGCAGCGGGCUUGAUCUACACCCUUGAUAUCGGAACCGGUAGCGGCAAAUGGAUCGGCUACCAGGUCCUCGCCGGCCUUGCUUGGGGUGCCGGCAUCCAAGUCCCAAUGAUUGCCACCCAGGGAACAUCGAAAGAGCUGGACUUGGCUUCUAAGACCGCUAUCCUACUCUUCUUUCAAACUGUCGGAUGUGCCUUUCUCAUCGCUGCGGCCCAAACCAGUUUUCUCCAAACCAUGCUUAAGGAGAUGCGCGAGAUGGCACCUCAGGUCUCACAGUCGCAACUCGUCCAAACCGGCGCAACUGAAAUCCGGCAAGUUUUUGAUAAAAACAUCAUACCAUUGGUAAUUCGAACUUAUAUGGAUGGACUAAAAGUUGCGUUCGCCCUCGUCAUUGCUGCUACUGGUGUUGCAUUUAUAGUGAGCUUAGGGACGAGAUGGUCCAGGUUGAAAAUGAAUAACUUAACUGGUAGUGCGCCUUUAGGACCCUCCCAAGAGACCCCUUAA